UGUCUGAAGUUUCCGUUUGUCCAAGCGUGUCUUUAAAAUAAUGACAGAUUAGUCAAAUUGGACCGUACCAAAUAAACAUAGUUACCAAAAAAAUCUGUCCACCAUCUACCUGAAUCCGAGAGAGAAAUGACAUAGGAACGUAUUUAUUUUGGGCUGUCUAGCAGAUCUGUGAAAAAACCAUUAUAUUGGUAGGAGACUGAAAUAAGCCUGCAACUUCUGGACAUAAAUAUCUCAGGGGAAAUUACCUACAUCAGCUCUCCUUUGUGAAUGAAGAAAUGAAUAAGGUUUGUGUUUGUUUGGGUUUUUUUAAGUUUACUAUUCCUAAGUGGAGGGAGGAAGAUUCUGGAAAUGUACUUCGAUCGUCUUAUUUUUGUUGAGAUCAUUGAUGUAAUGAGAAAAUGUAUUAAAUUUGCACUUCACACAUUUUCAAUUUUUCAUUAUGAAUGGUGUGGGUUUUGCUUGAUCCCACAUUAAAAGGGCGAUCUGCCUGCAAGAAAAAUUGGGAAGAAAAAAGAUUCCCUUCUUCCAUGUCAGCAUUUUCAAGUAGCAAAUAUUUGUUAUUGUCCUUUAUUCUAAUCACCUGCUGUGUGUCUUUUAUAGUAAAUAAAAAUAGUUUGAUCUCCAUAGAAGGUGCAGGAUUAAAUUCCUCUUUACCACAGAUUAUUUCCAGUAAUUCUGGUAUUUUUAUUUGAUGCAAAAUUGUUCUUAUUUCAUUUGCAUCCCCUGUAGGUUAUUAAGAAAAUUGUACACAGCAGUCUAAGUGAGCAAGGCUUAGUGGGAGUAAUGAGGUUUAGCCUCUAAUCAGUCAAUAACUAUGUUUGUCCAGCAGGUCCAUACUGAAGAAGAAUUGUGAGCAAGAUCUGGAAGGAAAAAGUGUUUAGAUCCUCUGAGAUGAGAAGAAAGUUGAAGAUAAAGUCCUGUACUGAGCGACCCUUUUGCCGCGCACCAUGAAUACAUGCGGCAGAUGAUGAGGAGCUUUUCUGAUCCUUUUGGCCGAGAUCCAUUUCUCAGUUUAACAGAUGGCAGGGAGAGAACGGCGGAUCGAAGAGCACGCCAGGAUUCUCAGGUUGCUCUGAGAGGAAAUCGCAGACAAGAUGCAGAUUUUGGGGAUCCUUUUUUUGCAAUGGACAGAAUGAUGUCAAAUAUGAGAAACAGCAUGCUGGAGAUGCAAAGAAAAUUUGAUGACCUGUGUGUCCACCCAGAUGCACACACCUUCAGCUCCUCCUCUGUGAUGACGUACUCCAAAGUGGGCGAUGAACCUCCCAAAGUUUUCCAAGCUGCAGCUCAGACACGCACAGCUCCGGGAGGUGUUAAGGAAACAAGAAAAGCACUGAAGGAUUCUGAAAGUGGAGUGGAAAAAAUGGCUAUUGGUCAUCACAUCCGUGAUCGUGCCCACGUUGUGAAAAAAUCAAAGAACAGGAAGACUGGUGAUGAAGAAAUGAACCAAGAGUUCAUCAACUUGGAUGAAAAUGAGGCUCAGUCUUUUGAUGAGGAGUGGCAGAAAGAGAUUUCCAAGUUCAAGCCAUCGAGAAGCAGGUGCAAUUUAGAUGCUCCAAGAGAGAAACCACUCGCAUCUGUGGGCUUCAGGGGACCGAGAGUUUCCAUGGAGAACAACCUCAGUGUGAAAGGAACACACGUUCCCAUCAAAAGCAGCAAGAAGUAGUCCAUUGGGAUGCAGUUUGUUCAGAAAAAAUGGUGCUGCACUGCUCCUGUUAAUAUAAGUAUACACGUACAUGUGACCAAUCUGUCUUUUGUUUUAGUGUUAGUUUGCCUUGCUACUCUAAUCUUUUGACUACUGAAUGUUGUAUAAACCUUUGGAUCUGAGGUUAAGUCAUUUUAAAAGGAAAGACAAGAAGCAAGCAAAAAAAAAAAAAAGUCCUGUCCACUUAGAAGCACUUUAAUGGUUUAUCACCAAUUCUGAUGUAAAACAUCUGCUUUGGUAGCAAAGUCGUUUUUUCCACCACAGUUGCACCAUUCUCAGACUCUUUGUUAACCCCAGUGAAACCACCUUUUCCCCUCCACACUGUAUAACUCACACAGAAAGUAAAUUCUCCUAUUUUGUCACAGUAAUUAUUGAUUGUUUUGGUGACGAAGCAGUCGGUAGGAAUUGCAGUACACUGUAGGCACUGCAUAUACAGAUUUAAAAUCAUAUGGUAAAUUGGUACAGAAUUCCCAAAUUCAUCUUGAUUUUAAAACAAAGAAGAGUGAGAAGAAUACUAAAAUAGCAAAUGCUUCUUUAUGUGUUAGUUAAUCGACAUUGUUAUGUUCAUAAAUGGUGCUCGCAUCCCUCGUUCUCUGCCCCUAGGCUGUUAUUCUCAUAUUUCUGAUCCUUUGUUUCUUUUGGAGAUGGUGCAUUAUUUUUCAUUCCUGAAGGCCAUCUGUAGUAUUUUUCAAUUAUCCUGUGAUAAUACUCAGAUGGAACUAUUACUUCAUUGGAGAAAUGGUUCAGCAGACAGCAGUUCAGCUGGAUAAUGGCUGCACCAUUUCUUCUGUUCCAGAAAGCUAAAAUAUCCCUCUGCACAGGAAGCCAUUUUCUGCCUCAGCUGAGGUGAGCUCUGUGAUGUUUUCUGCCCUGAUUAGUAGAGCUAGAAGGAUCCUGAAAGCUAACACUUGGUUUCCCUCAGUACUUCUGUCAUUACUGUUUGGUGGAAGAGUCUGGUGUUCAUGAGGAAAGCAAACUGUGACUGAGAACUGGAAAUGUCUUUGUAUUACAAGUGUUGAAUUUGUGUGCUGUCAAAUUCAGAAUUGAUCUCAUGUCGUAGAGGAAAUAAUUUCUGUAGGCUGUAGCAUAUAUGCCGUAGUGUAAAUGCUAUGAACUGAAGGCUAGGACAGCGUAACCUUCAAAAAAGACACUGUUUGUAUGAUAAAAGAAAAAUAGUUUAAUAUUCAUACAGCUAAAAAGGAAAUAAGUUUGUCUGAGGAAGUUGUUUAAUCUGAGGAAUCUAUAAAAAAGUGUAUUUUAUUAACAUGCAAAAAAAAAAAACCCAACGAACCUGAAGGGCAGUUGUCACUGCCAUGGCAGAAAUUUCCCAAUGAUAAACAACAGAAAACAUUACCAUGCUGUCACUUAAGCAGAAAUCUUUGAUUUGAGGGGUGCUUCUAAUUCAGAGCAUUCAUCUGUCCAUCAUCUGACCACUUACGUUCUUGCCUGUGCUCCUGGGAUGGGUGAACAUACAGAGAGAACAGCACUGGUUGUGAAAUUACAUUGGGAAGAGGCAAACGUGAUGGAUCACUUUGUCAUGCACAGCAAUGUGAAAAUGUUAUGCAAGAAAUUGUUCUACGUAGGAACACCUGAAACUUUAAUUCUUUAAUAAAGAGCUAUUUAUUGUUUA